AUGCAGAACGGCAGACCAGUGGCUUUCGCGUCUCGUACUCUCACUGACACAGAAACCCGCUAUGCCCAAAUUGAGAAAGAGCUGCUGGCAGUCCUGUUUGCCUGCACAAAGUUCAGAGACUAUGUCUAUGGGAAACCUGUGAUGGUGGAAACUGACCAUCAACCUCUGAAAUACGACAUCAUGCUCGUAUACAAGAAAGGCAAGCACAUGUAUCUGGCAGACACGCUGUCCAGAGCACCGGAUGCAAGCACAGCACGUCUAGAUGAACUAAGAGACCACACCCGGAAGGACAGUGUGCUGGAAGCACUCGGUUCAACUAUUCACAAGGGUUGGCCGACAAAGCUGAACCAGGUCGAACCUUCAAUUCGACUCUUUUUCCCAUACAGGGAUGAACUGACUGAGGAAGACGGAAUCAUCAUGAAGGGCCACAAAUGUGUCAUUCCCAAAUCUCUCCAACGAGAGUACAUUAACAUCAUGCACAAAGGCCACCCAGUACUCCUGCGACUUAAAGAUGCAGGCUUGCGACUCAGUGAGAAGAAAUGCCACUUUCACCAAGCCAGCUUAAAGUUCCGAGGACACUUGGUGACAGAGAAGGGCAUUCAACCAGAUAUGGAGCACCUACAAGCCAUCAAGCAGGCUCCUGCCCCCACUGAUGCCGGUCGCCUUCGUUCCUUCCUGGAUGCGUCAGACUAUGGUUUCGGUGCCGUGUUCACUCAAUUGCAUCCGGAUAAUACAGAAUGCACAGUGGUGUUUGCAUCGAGGACACUGACGCUUCGUUUGUCCAGGGAUGAAGCCUGCAAUGCCACUCGAGAGGCUGAGAAGAAGCUGAAGACCAUGGAGGCAGACACACUGCAGUUCCAAGAGGAUCUAGGCACAGCAGAGAGGCUGAAGCGUCAGGCCCAGACAGAGAGGGACGAGCUCCAAGAAGAAAUCACCAACAGCAACAGCAAAAACACCAUGUUGACUGAUGAGAAGAGAAGGCUGGAGGCUAGAAUCAGUCAGCUGGAGGAAGAGCUGGAGGAGGAGCAGCUGAACACAGAGAUGGUCAACGACCGUCUGAAGAGAACCACGCUGCAGACGGAGCAGCUGACCACUGAGCUUGCUGGAGAGCGCAGCACGUCUCAGCGCCUGGAGGGCACUCGAGCCCAACUUGACCGGCAGAAUAAGGAGCUGAAGCUGAAGCUGCAGGAGCUGGAAGGAACCAUCAAGUCCAAAUACAAAUCCUCCAUUGCCACACUGGAGGCCAAGAUCCUUCAGCUGGAGGAGCAGCUGAACAUUGAGUCAGUGGCGACGCUGACGUUGGCUGUGUCCUCCAGGCGCGUGGACCUGCCCUACAACAUGAGGCGCACGGUCAACCGCACAGGCCUGGACAGUGAUGAGGAAGGAGAUCUGCCUGCAGAGCCAUCAGAACCUGCAGCGGAAAGCAAGGUUUCUGAGAACGACCCGAAAGUAACGUCCACUGUUCCCCUGCAGGCGGACAAGACAAACAGCCGCAUGCGGCAGCUGAAGCGUCAGCUGGAGGAGACCGAGGAGGAGCUGACCCGAGCCAACGUCUACCGCAGGAAGCUCCAGAGGGAACUGGACGAUGCCACCGAGUCGGCAGACGUGAUGAACCGGGAAGUCAGCAACCUCAAGAGCAAACUCAGGCGCGUGGACCUGCCCUACAACAUGAGGCGCACGAUGGCUGAGAUGAAGAAGAAGCUAGAAACUGAGAGUUCAGCACUAGAGGGCGCAGAAGAGGGCCGCAAGAAAAUACAGCAUGAGCUGGACAGCCUGACACAACAGCUGGAGGAGAGGACUGCCGCCUAUGACAAGCUGGACAAAACCAAAACUCGCUUGCAGCAGGAGCUGGAUGACCUCAUGGUGGACCAGGAUCACCUGUGGCAGAUUGUCUCCAACUUGGAGAGAAAGCAGAAGAUGUGUGAUCAGAUGCUCACUGAAGAGAAGACCACUUCGACUCAGUAUGCUGAGGAGCGUGACAAGGCCGAGGCAGACUCCAGGGAGAAGGAAACCAGAGCUCUAAAUCUUGCCCGUGACCUGGAGACGAUGACAGACCUGAAGGAUGAGCUUGAUCGGACCAAUAAGUUGCUCAAGGCUGAGAUGGAAGACUUGGUCUCCUCCAAAGAUGAUGUUGGCAAGAGUGUUCAUGAGCUGGAGAGGUCCAAGCGUGCCAUGGAGCAGCAGCUGGAGGAGAUGAAAUGGAUUGAGGAAACGAAACUCCAUCUGGAAUCGGUGAAAACAUGUCAAAAGGAUGUAACUCCGAUGGACAGUGUCUCAAAUGUUUCUCGAGGCGGCAGAUCAGGAAGAUCUUCUAGUCGUUCAUCCAGUGGAACAUCAUACUUAUCUUCUGCUACUUCUGCGCGACGAAGAGAGGAGGCCAACAGAGCAGCUCUCAUUGCAAAAGCUGCCGCAUUAAAGGGAAAACAAGCACUGGCAUUGAAAGAAGCCCAGUCAAUGGCUGACAAAGAACAGUUGGAAAUCGAAACAGAGUUGGCAGCUUCUACAGCAAGGAUGAAGGUUUACGAGCAAUAUGAGCAUAAUGACGAUGCUAACAAGUCCACCAAAAAGGAACAAUGUCCAGACGGGAAUGUGUCAUUGAGUGAUUCAGUUGGUGCUUUUCACAAUGCAUAUGUAGAACGCAGAUCAAAUCCUGCACCCAAAGCAACACCACUACAUCAAGCGAUGGACACAAAAGAGCUUUGUAAGGUGAUGCAACGACCAACAGAUAUGACUGAACUGCUGGUUAAAAACCAACAACUGUCUCAUCGACCACAAAGAGACGUUCCAUUGUUCUAUGGUGAUCCAUUGGAAUUCAGAUCAUUUUUGAAAGCAAUUGGACACGCCAUUGCUUCUCGAACUGACUCUGAUUCAGACAGGUUAUAUUUUCUGAAGCAAUACACGAGGGGUGAUCCAAGAGAUCUGGUCAGGAGUUGCCUGCACAUGCCAUCACAUCGUGGAUAUCGUGAGGCCCUGAAGUUGCUCUCUGAUCAUUAUGGAAAUGAAAUUAAGAUUGCUUCAGCCUUACUGGAAAAGGCAUUCAAAUGGCCACAAAUCAAGUCAGAAGACACCAAAGGUCUCAGUAACUUUGCAUUGUUUCUCCUGAGCUGUCAAAAUACCAUGCAGGAUGUGGCAUUUAUGGAUGAGUUGGACAGUCCCACCAACAUGAGACUGAUUUUGUCCAACUUGCCAUACAAGCUGAGAGAGAAAUGGAGAACCGUUGCCUAUGACAUGCAAGAGACCAGAGGAGAUCGUGCCAUUCAUCUGGCGGACAAGACAAACAGCCGCAUGCGGCAGCUGAAGCGUCAGCUGGAGGAGACCGAGGAGGAGCUGACCCGAGCCAACGUCUACCGCAGGAAGCUCCAGAGGGAACUGGACGAUGCCACCGAGUCGGCAGACGUGAUGAACCGGGAAGUCAGCAACCUCAAGAGCAAACUCAGGCGCGUGGACCUGCCCUACAACAUGAGGCGCACGGUGAACCGCACAGGCCUGGACAGCGAUGAGGAUCUGCCUGCAGAGCCAUCAGAACCUGCAGCGGAGUGAGCAGAACUUUUCUUGCAAUAAGACAAGACAUUCCACACU